AUGAUGAAGCUCAGUGUUGCCGUUGUCUUUCUGGGAAGCCUCAACCUGGUGCUCUCCUCUUCUUGCCCCGCUGUGUGCGAGUGCCCACAUGAGAUGCCAAAGUGCGCACCAGGCGUCAGCGUGGUCCUGGACGGCUGUGGCUGCUGCAAAGUGUGCGCCAGGCAGCUGAACGAGGACUGCAGCUUGACCGAGCCUUGUGACCAUACGAAAGGGCUGGAGUGCAAUUUCGGAGCCAGCUUUGCUCUUGCUACAACCCGUGGCAUAUGUCGAGCCAAGUCAGAGGGCAGACCCUGUGAGUACAACAGCAGGAUGUAUCAGAAUGGAGAAAGCUUCCAGCCCAACUGUAAACACCAGUGCACAUGUAUCGAUGGGGCAGUGGGAUGUGUCCCACUGUGCCCACAGGAACUUUCUCUGCCCAAUCUGGGCUGUGCCAACCCAAGACUGGUGAAGGUGCCAGGCCAGUGCUGCGAGGAGUGGGUGUGUGACGACACCAAAGAGAUCGAUAUCCUGGAGAAGAUCUUUGGCAAAGACCUUCUGAAUGAAGAGCUGGAGAAAGAUCUCACCAACAGAAAUGAGUUCAUUGCAUUUGUCACGGGUGGACUAAAGUCUCUUCCAGCAUACAGACAACAGCCUGAGGUGCAGAUGUUUGACAACCAUAAGUGUAUUGUCCAAACCACACCUUGGUCUCAGUGCUCCAAGAGCUGUGGAACAGGCAUCUCUACCAGAGUCACCAACAACAACAGUGAAUGCAAACUGGUCAAAGAAACAAGGAUUUGUGAAGUGCGUCCAUGCACCCAGUCACCUUACUCCAGCCUCAAGAAAGGCAAAAAGUGCAGUAGAACAAAGAAGUCCAGUCAGCCACUGAAAUUCACAUAUGCCGGCUGCUCAAGCAUCAAGAAGUACAGGCCCAAGUACUGUGGAGCCUGUGUGGAUGGCAGGUGCUGCACCCCCCAUGACACCAGAACCAUCCGAGUCAAGUUUCGCUGCGAAGAUGGUGAGACCUUCAACAAGAACAUCAUGAUGAUCGAGUCCUGCAAGUGCACUUACAACUGUCCCCAUGCCAACGAAGCCUCAUACCCCUUUUACCGCCUCUCCAACGACAUCCACAAGUUCAGAGACUGA